AUGGAAGAUGGCGCCCAUCAGAUACCCCCAUACUUCCUCCAAGCACCACGACUGCUCGAUACAUUGGAGACCGAAACAUCUACCAUACAAAACGAAACCAUGAGCGAGUGCUUGCCUCUCCUCAAUGGCAUCAACGACUCAUCCCGAAGUCCUUUUGAUUUCAAUGAGUUUGGAUUGCUUUAUUUAGACAAAGAAGCGCACAUUGGAUUUCUAAACCAGCACUUGGACGAAUUCCCUGCUCCUUUCGUUGGUAUGGAUGCAAGUCGUCCUUGGAUGGUGUACUGGGGCUUAGCAGGACUUUACAUGCUGGGUGAAGAUAUCACAGUAUUCCGCUCGAGAGUCGUCAAAACAUUUUAUCCCAUGCAACACCCCAACGGCGGCAUUGGUGGUGGCUUUGGUCAAGAUGCGCACCAAGCUGGAACCUAUGCAGCGUUACUGUCUCUGGCUCUAGUCGGCGGCGAAGAGGCAUAUUCACUUAUCGAUCGUGAAAAGAUGUGGCACUGGCUAGGGCGGCUCAAGCAGACAGAUGGAGGCUUUCGGAUAUGUGAAGGAGGUGAGGAAGAUACUCGGGGCGCUCUGUGUGCCUUGGUUGCCAUUUCACUUCUCAACCUUCCUCUCUCACUUCCUCCUGAAUCUCCGGCUCGUAUUGCAGGUCUGAAAACCUUCAAGGAUGGACUCGGGGAGUAUCUCUCGCGCUGCCAGACCUAUGAGGGUGGAAUUGCAGCGUCACCAGGAGGUGAAGCGCACGGAUCAUACACCUUUUGUGCACUUGCCUGUCUGUGCCUAUAUGGUCCACCGCGCGAAACAAUUAGCAAGUUUCUUGAUGUCGAUGCACUGGUAUGGUGGCUCUCUUCCCGACAAUAUGCGCCUGAAGGAGGGUUCGCUGGCCGCACAAAUAAACUGGUGGAUGGUUGUUAUAGCCACUGGCUGGGUGGUUGCUGGCCUCUGGUAGAAGCGGCGGUGAGCGGUCCUCGAGACUCGGCUGAUGAGAAAGCGAGGAACGUGAGCGACAAUUUGUACAGUGGUGAAGGGCUGGCAAGGUAUAUCCUAUGCUGUUGUCAGGCAAGUGAUGGUGGACUUAGGGACAAACCAUCAAAGAGGCCAGACUCGUACCACACUUGUUACAAUCUCUCCGGACUCAGCAUAGUCGAACACUCCCAUUCCUAUCGAACCUCCCACAGCGACGAUCCAUUUGGUCCAGCCUUUUCCUGGCAGUUCUGGGAAGCCCAAGUCCCUAGCGAGAGCGAUUCUAGUAAGGUCUUUGAAGCGGGAACGGGAGUCAAGCCCAUCCACCCGGUCUUUGUGAUUCCCCAUGAAUCAGCAAAGGCGAUGCGGGAGUGGUCUUUGGCCAGGCCUCUCGAGGUUCUAGGCGCAAAAUAA